AUGUUGCUGAUAUUCAUUGGCCUGUUAUGCUUAUCAGGAACGCACGGAUCGUUUUCUGACAUUCAGCUGCGGGCUAAAAGUUUUUGCUCGCUUGCAACGUUCAACGAUGUAGAGGACGUUGUUUGCGAAAAUGACGGUGUGCUUAUAGAGACUGAUUUGGUGCCAUCCGGUGCGCACUGUGUCAUUACGCGCAACAACGUUGACCAGAACCUCAAAUGCAAGACUGGUAUCUGGUAUAACGUGGACGCAUAUGAAGGUCGCCGCCGACGCCGACGCAGAUACAGGGCGCCUACACCAAAUAAGCCCCCUACAGUCACGUGUCCGACCGUCAACAGUCAAUAUUUUACAGAUGCUCGGACAAAAAAGCAAGUGGUUACAUGGAAUAGCGCCACAGCAACUGACGUCGAUGACACAUUAAUAACAAUUACACAAGCACAUGGCUUAAAAAGUGGAUCAGAGUUUAGCGAGGGAUAUCACUCAUUUGGAUAUACUGCUAGGGACAGACAUGGUAAUGCUGAUACUUGUUCCACACAGUUUGAAAUUAAAGUGAGGCGUUGUAUCAGUAUGCCACCUAUACCAGAAAACGGGAAAAUGUCUUGUGAACCCAGCUGGUACGAUCCAUUGCUUGGCAGUACCUGUACAUGUAACUGUAAUGCAGGAUACUCAUUGUCAGGAAGCUCCACAAGAACGUGCCAGAAUACCGAAACCUUUGACGGAACACCGGCAGUUUGCUCCAAUUUCCGUGCACCAUCCUUCACUGAAUGCAUAUCAAGUCCAAUAAAAGUAUACACAGAAAGAGGUCAAACAUCUGCCAUCGUCUCCUGGCCAUCAUUGAAUGCCACCGACAACUCCGGUAACGCUACCAUAGUGCAGACGUUAGGUGCUGCAUCGGGGAGUGAAUUUGCCGUGGGGUCCCACUCUGUCAGUUACGUGGCUCGUGAUGCUAACGGAAAUCAGUCUCCAAGCUGUUCCUUCACUGUUGUAGUAGAACAACUGGAAUGUGAUCCCCCACAUGGCAUAUUUGAUGAUGAACUACUGCAAGUUGAUUGUCCGGGGUCUGAGUACAAAUACGGAAUUGAAUGUAGCAUAAGUUGUAUUCGGAAUUAUACUAUCAUAGGUAAUACAACACUUACAUGUGAACGCGAGGGAACAACUUCCGGGACUUUGUGGGACUGGGGUGGAGGAGCACAGCCCGAAUGUGAUGAUAAGUGUCCUGAGCUCACACCACCCAUCAAUGGUGCCUUAGUAUGCCAAACAGCUGCGAACUACUAUUGUCGACAAUCCUGCAAUGCAGACUCCGGAUAUCCACGAGGAGUGUCACCGGGUCAGCUGUUUAUUUGUACAAACACACAGGUUUGGGACCCUGUUGCCGUAGAUGAUUGUACAGGACGGAAAGUCCCAAGCUCAAAUGUGAUCAGUGGAGAAAUGCAUUACUUUGUUGGUGAUUGUUCAGACACCACUGUCCAAGAGGGUCUGAAAAUCAAUUUUAUAACAGUGUUGGAAGAUCUGAUUGCAACUGGAUGGAACGAUGUGUGUUCGUCAUCUGGGUGUUCAGUAGACGAUGUCACCGUCACAUGCGGUGCAUUGUCAAGAAAGAAAAGAACGACUGCACAUAAUGGAAUGCAGUUCGUCGCAUCCGUGCAAUCGAGAUAUGCACGUAGCACCUCUGUCAUCACAAUUGAGUUCAGCGUCACGUUUCCAUGGCAAAACGGAACAACAGAUUACAAUGACAACCUGUUGUACGGAGUCAUCGAUGCUUUAGAAGAAGAGGCUGGCAAAACAGGUAGUCGAUUAGACUAUGAAGGGUUAACGCCCUCCCAUGACAUAGUUGCCGACCCUUAUCCGAUGAUCAGUUGUGGACUUGGUGAAAAUCCGUCAUAUGUAGGUGGUGAAGCUAACUGUGAGGGAUGUGCCACUGGGAAAUACUUCGACUCUACGGUAGAUGAUUGUGUGGUAUGUCCAAUUGGGACGUACCAGGACGAAAGUCACCAGACUACAUGUAAACCAUGUCCGUCUGACAUGUCUACUAAGGAGACGAGACGGAAGAAUAUAACAGACUGUUUUCAGGUCUGUAAUGCUGGCACCUACUCAAACAACGGAGUUAUUCCUUGUACCAGCUGUGCCAUUGGGACGUAUCAGUCGGCAAAACACAGCACUGAAUGUCAACAGUGUGACGUGGCUUUAACAACCGUCAACCGAGGAGCACAGUCUUCGUCUGAAUGUAUCGGGUUCGACUUGAUAUUGGGAUCAACUGGAGGAAAAGUCACAUUACCGAGGUUAACUUCCUCGCUGAAUGCUUUCUCAAUGAUGUUCUGGCUUAAGUGUCCUUUCGGAAAUAUCACAAGGCCUGCCAUUCAUUUUGUAGAUAAUGUACCUAAUGUGGACGUUUUUCAGAUCACCGACUCGCAUAUGCUUGAAGUGUUCGGAUCCUCGUAUUCCGUUGCUUUUGAUACCUGGACACACGUAACAAUGAGAUGGGAAGAGACAGCCGGAAUAGUAGACCUGCUGAUUAAUGGAGUCAAUAAGGCGUCUGUAACUUUCACAGAGAACACAGUAACAGCUGGAACCAGUAUCGAGAUAACUUCACACAACGGUUAUAAUGCUGACUGCAGGCUAUCGGGGUUUUGGAUGACUGAUACGAAAAGAGCUGAUGCUGAAUUACAAGAUGACUUGAUCACUUGCACGUCAGAUUCCACUGCUAGUGCUAUCUACAACAUGGAUGAUAUUAAACGCCAGAAUGGAGUUCUCCUAGACAUUCCCUCUAAAUGUGACGCUGUUGAUGAAUGCGCCAGUAAUCCUUGUGGAGUUCAUGAAUGUGAAAAUCUUUUGAACUCCUACGCUUGUUCUUGUGUUGGCGGUUACACGGGCAGCAACUGUGAUACUCCGCCUGAUUUCUGUCUGGAUAAUGCUUGUGAAAAUGGAGCUGUAUGUUUAAAUCAAGCUUGGAACUAUACAUGUCAAUGCCUUGGUGACUUCAAGGGAGAACUUUGCGAAGAAUUGAUAGUACAUGGACAAUGGGCUGAAUGGGGAGACUGGACACCGUGUAAUGCUACGUGCAAUGUUGGGCAACAAACUAGAAUUCGUACCUGUUCCAAUCCCCCACCAGGACCAGAUGGAAAUAAUUGCACCGGAAAUGAUCAGGAGAUUCAAGCAUGUAAUACAGAACAAUGCCCCUCGUGUGAACCUAUCGCAUUUAUACUGCUGAAAGCUAGGAAGGUCAUUACGGAUCACUGUGACACAGUUGAUGACUACAUCAGAUGCAACCUAACAUGUGAAGCUGGCUAUGACUUCAGCAAUCAGCCUUUGGACUAUUAUGAAUGCGGAGGAAACACAUCUUAUGAAUGGAACGGGUACCCACCAAGCUGUGGACGUAUUAGAGGUGGCAGAAGCUUUAAUAUCAAAGCCUCCGUGAGAUACACUGAUACGCUAACAUGCGGUUCCUCAACAAAUACAGCUCUAAUGGCGAAUGCAGGGAACGCGCCAUGUGUGGUUGACAGUACAUGUAAUGUCACCAUUACUACGGACACUUGUCAUAAAAGGAAACGCAAGAGCGCGAUCGGAACGACAGUAGAGAUGUCGUUCGUGUUUAAUCUAGAAAAGAUAGGAGAUUUAAACGUCACAGCGUUCAUCGAGUCGAAUAUCAUAAGCUCAGAACUGCAGGCUUACCUUGCUAUACUGGAGGAUUAUGAAGAUACAGACGACCUAAUUAACAGCACGUCCGAGGCAUUUUUCAACGUAAUUAUCAACGGCAAUACUUACACAAUUGAUCCCGAUACCCUCGUGAUUGACAGUCACACAGCCUGUGAAAACGGAAGUGUAGACUUUGAUGGUGGUUGUGUUGAAUGCCCGGUCGGAACAAGACAAGAUGGAGUAUGGUGUGUGUUUUGCGACUUUGGCACAUACCAGAAUGAGUCUGGACAAUCGGUGUGUAAGCAGUGUCCAACUGGUUAUACGACUGAAUUCGUGGGGAUGAUAGAGGAAGAGAAUUGUUCUAUAACUGUCGUAACAACUACAUCAGCCAUAUCAACAACGUCCACUACCUCAUCAGUGGCUUCUGCAGUGACGUCCACAACAACGACAACCACGCCCAUAACCACGACAGCACCGUCCACAACUACGACAACCACGCCAAUAACUACAACAACCACACCCACAACUAUAUCAACUACACCAGCUACUGUGACUACCUCACCCGAAACUACCACGAGCACGUUGAUGUCUUCAAAACAGACAUCAACUACACCAUCUGAAAAGACUUCAGUUACAAGAGACAGGGCUCCGAAUCUGAACUAUUCCCAUACGGAAGAGUCUUUGAGUUUACCAGUUGUAGCCAUUAUAGGGUCACUGAUUGCUGUCCUGGUGUUAAUAAUCGUUGCCUUGACAGGGAUUUUCAUGUAUAGACACCGACUGUCCGUCAGAGCACAGCCACCGGAAACCCGACAAAUUCAAGACAUUCAUUUGAAUAUUAGAAUGCAUUCCAAUAUUCCAAAUACUACUUCAGAUGUCGAUCAGGGAUUACCUCCCCAUUACCUUGCUCGUCCAUUACCAUCCAUAGAGAAGGGAGGAUUGCCAUCUGCACCAAUUUGUAUUACGCCUACACCAUAUAAGUCUGAUUUUUGA